CGUAGACUGAGGAGGAAAGAGGUGUUUUCCUGUUCAGGAUCUUGGGUCAAAACACUAAAAAGUGGUGUUUUCACAACAUCUCAUGUCUCUAGUUCUAAUAGGAAGUAGAGAAGGAGGAAAGCAGAAGGCCAUGGAGGCAGUCGGCACAGAGGACAUUGAGUCCCUCAUGGAGGACAUGGACUACUUACCCGGACACUUCCACCUGGACCUCAAACUCAACUGUGAACCUGUCGGGCCUUUGAGGCUAAGACUCAGGGACAUUUACCUAAAACAAGAGAGCCUGCAAGGCGAGCUUGAGGCUGAAGUGGGAUGUUUACAGUAUGCUGUCCGAAAUCUGUUGGGUUUGCUGGCUUUUCACUUGGAACACCUGGACACGGCUGAGGAAAUAUUCAGAAGCAUUUGCAAAGAAGACCCCGGUAACCUCAACGCCUGGGCCAACCUGGGCUACGUGUACGACAAGCUGGGGAGGGAGCUGGAUGCAGGGGAGUGUGUGGAGAAAGUGUCCCACCUCAUGGGGUUGGGCGCUGGCGAGGCCUUCCAGGAGGAGGCCAGGCUGCUGGCAGCGCGCUGCCUCGCUGAGCAGGCGUACGUCCAUCCGCACGACGUGGAGCUGGACAGCGAGGACGACCUCAGGGAGAGACUCACUGCGGCGCUGACACUUUACAACAGAGCCCUGAGCCACGGGGGUCAGCUGGUACAAAAAGAGGAAAAACGAAGCUGGUAUUUUAAAAUGGCAACCAUCUAUAUAAGGCUGGACGACAUAGUAAAGACCGAAGCAGACUCUGAAUACUCCAGACUUUCUCACUAUAACAAAGGACUGAAGCUUCUCAAAGAAGCACUAGAGUUGGAGAAAACGCAACUCAAAGCUCUUACUUGGUGUUACAUCGGCAUCAUGUUGGAGAGAAAGGAAGAGUUCACCACCGUGCCCAUGUCCGUACAUGACUGUGGCUACUCGGCUACUGAUCCUUUAUCCUGCUAUGGAACUGCCAUAAACCUGGCCAGUGAUGAUGCAUUCACCCUGAACCUUCUGGCGAAGCUCUUCUUUCUGCUGGGAAAACAUGAGAUGGCAACAGGGAUCUGCAACAUGGCCCUAAACGUUCUACCAGACCCGGAGCUCAACUGGCAGGCUUACUGCACCCGAGCAAAGAUCAAUAUGAUGCUCUACAUCAGGGACCUGGAGAAGGUCAAACGUGGACACGGUGGAGUCCCAGACCGGCAGAAACUAACUGAGGCCAGAAAAGACUUGGACAAGGUCCUGAGUGUGCGUCAGUGUCUGCGGACUCACCUGGAAAUGGCUCAGGUGUUCUACUACAUGGGCGUAGACGCGCUCCAGGAGAGCCUUCUGGUGGACGAGGGGGCAGUGAACAGUGCAUUGGUGAGUCUGUCCCGCGCCCUGCAGUUCGAGCCGGGCGACAGCCUGCCGGACCUCCACUCGCUCAGAGGACGCUGCCUCCUGCUGAAGGGCGAGGAGCAGAACGCUGCAGACUGCUUCAAACGGGCAGUGGAGUCCGAGAGGCCCGGCGGCACGGACCCAACAGCCCUGCGCUGCCUCCUGCAGGUCCUCUUGACUCUGUUCACGCAGGGAGGCCCCGACCAAAGCCUCGCGAUCAGCCAACUCGAGCUGUGGGUGCAAAAGGCAGAGGAGAGGUACCCCGAGGACACCGUGAAGUUCGUGCUGAGGUGUCUCUACAGGACUCGCACGGCAGAGGUCACAGAGUUAUCGAGGGCUCUGAUCAGAACCGGCCGGCUGGACAUCGUGAGGAGGCUGCUGGAAACCGUGGUGCCUAAACAUAACAAGAAGAGGCCAAUGGCUCGGUCCUUCUCGUUUGCAUAAAGCAGUAUUUGCUUAUGUGGCUUUAAUACACGUUUGGGCUUGUGAGCUGACCAGAUCAGCCGUGCAGUAAUUAAUGUUUUUUUUUUAGUUUUUCACAUUUAUUUAUUUUUACGUUUUCUUUUUACAUUCAAACCAACACAAGAUGGGAAAUCGAUGAUUUCGAUAUACAGUUUAAAUAAAAUUGGGUACAAUUUGUGAGAGUGUGAAAAUAAAAAUAUUAGGUGGAAUACAUAAAACCCUUAUGAACACAUUUUGUGGAAUAAGGAAUUAAAUGACCCUGUACCUGUCAGGACGCGGGUGCGAGCGCAAGGAGGGAGGACUCAGAGUAAAUGAAAAAUAAAAGGACUUUAAUAGUCAAAAAAACUCAAAAUCACUCCAACCAAAAAAGGGGAGGAAGGAGGCAAAACCAAAACAGACAAAAACAGGGACCUGGACUUAAAACUGCGAACAGACUUGAAAAGAACAUCGACAUGUAAUGACGCCACACAAGCCAAGAGACUCACAGGGCUUAAAUACACAAGGUGCAGGUGAUUGGACACAGGUGGAAACGAUCAGGCACGGCAGACAAUCACAGGGGAAGACAGGACAAGGCAGGAAGUGAAGUUACCCAGGAACACAAGAGACAUGAAAACUACAAAAUAAGACAAGAAGCAGAACCAAACCGUGACAGUAACGCUGCUUUAGCUGAGCAGGCCACAUUGGGCGCAAUCCCAGUCUCCCUCCGUCUGAUGUUUUUAUUACUAAUAUUUUUCUUUUGACACUCUCACAACCUUCAUCUGAAGGCAAAGGGUAAAAGUGAUCCUUUCCAUUACAUAGACGUUGUUUAUAUCGCUCCACAAGGCGCGCAUGAAGCAACCAGAGCCUUUUUGAGCGCUUUUUUGUGGGUUGUUAAUUAAAAGCUAAACAGUAUCCAUCUGGACGCCUUGUUUGGAAUUGAAAAUGGCAGAAACAGGUCAGUGAUAAUCAGGCGUUUUGUUUCGGGGGAAUGUCUAUAGGAAUUGCUUGAAAUUAUAACAGACAUCAUAUUUUAAUUUUUACAGACUGAUUUCUGUGUCCGAGGAAGGAAGAGUUCCAUCAAUGCAUUUUUGUAAAGAGGGGGGUUAUAUUUUGUCUCUGUAUAUUUAAGUAAUGUAUAAUGUGCAAUCUGCUCGUUGUUAUUGCAGCUUUCAUGCAAGAAGUUUACUUGAUUUUCAGGAAAAUGGUGAUAUUUCUCUCUAAUGUUUUUAGGAGGUGUAAAGUUAAAAGUCAAGAUUUUUGUUUCUUGAAGAUCAAGUUUAUCUCCUGCAUCCUGAUUUCUUUCACUUAUACAAAUGCCGUUGAUGUGUCUUUCUGUGUUUUGCACAGGAGGAGACUGGGCACCACUGUCUUGUUCCGCAUUCUACUGUUAUGGUUUCUGAGACAUUUAUUGAAUAAUUGUUGUCCGUGUCAAAUCUUUCAAGGACUUUUUUACAAGAAAAGGCCAACUCACUGAAUCAAAAGCCUUCUGAGCAUCCUGACGUUCUAGAUAGGCUUCAAGUUCAUUGUGUUGGACACAUGGUGUAGUGCGUGGAAGGGAGCAUCUUUUCCAGUCUAUUGGCAAGGAUGGCUGUGUAUAAUUUGUUGUUGACAUACGACAGCUUCCACAUUAUCUGUUUCUUCUUUGUGGAUAACAGAGAUCACUGCCUCAUUCCAAGAUGGAGGCAUUUUGUCAUCGUGUAAAGUUAUACUGCAGGCCUUAAAAGGGCCUGGUAAUAGUUCUAUGGGGUCAGAUCGAAAUGCCUUGUACCACUCUGAUGGGGAUAUGGAGCCAAAUCCAGGCCAAAAGUUUGAAUCAUUUGAAAAACAAAUCAACCUGGAAGUUAAAGUUUUGGUCUCGAACAUUGAAAAAUACAACAAUGUAUUAACAAUAAAAAUAAGUGGACAAAAAGUAUUUUUGGGUUGGAUAUAGUUUUGACUUAGUUCUCCAGUUUUUUUUAAAUAAAAUAUAUUUUUUCAUUCUUUACCUAUAUAAACCUUUUGAUAUUUGCUGUAUUGUUUUUUUGGUUGUAGUUGCAACCCCCCCAACUUCACAUUAAAAUCUUUCAAGUUUUU